AGUUUAUAACGAGAAAUAGGUUGUCUUCCGUUGUUCGUGUUGUAUCUUUUUCUAUAACCUGUUUCGCAAUUCUUUGCCGGCUGCACUAUCUAAGAACGACGCGAAAAAAAUCAUGGCGCCGUCUUCCGCAGGAAUGAUGCUAGCGGCAGGUACUAUUUUGGACAAUCAUGUAGAACGUGAACGUGAUUGUGCAUCCACCUCUACUCCGUCGCGAGGGCACCAAAAAACAAGCCUGAAGAACAUCCUCAAAGUGAAAGUGGUAGCACAAAAUACCGAUUUUUGAUGAAAUUUAGUAGCAAUUAUUCUUCAACUCCAACAUCAACUUCGACUGCGAGCAGGAGUUAUCGUAACAAGAACACUCAUCUAAUCUUCUUCAACGAAGACAGAGGAUAACAAAUUAGAAGUAACCAGAGAAAAAACUACGCAAACAAGAACAACGACUUACAGUCACGCUUACGACGUGAUUGCAAGAAUACAGAAGGAGCGAACCAGAACGGCUGGGUCGAACUUAUAUUCGCAAGAACUAGAACGUGCACGCCACAGAACACACUACUCAUCACAUGUAAUAGUUCUUGGCUCAACGGAGGAGAGCUAGACCGGCUGUCCCUGUGUAGCUGAAGUUGUCCGCAAGAACGCCUACCAAGGAGAAACCCCCCUCUUCGAGAUCAUAGCCUGGUCUUCGCAACGUGGUCCAAGCAGCUACAAGGAGUUGAUGGAGUAGGAGUAGUACAACUAAUUCUUCCAAAGAGUACUAACAGAAGCAGAUGAAGAAAAGAAGCAAGCGAUAUCCUCCUCGAAAUCCUCUUAUCCCGAGAACACACUGACGCCACGAGCUACUAGACUACUCCUUUUAUGAAGUAGUGCCAAAUCUUCAAAGAUGUUUGUGACGAUCUUGUUCUGGUAGGAGUUGUACAUAAACCUAGACGCCCUAGAUCUAGUGCUGCCGGUGCAGCUGGAGGACAACUGCAGGAAGUACCACUAGAAAAUGAACGCAGCACGCGAGAAAAUCAAGGCUGCAAACCGGGAACGCUUUGCCCGCUUGGAGCAAAAGAGCAAGAAGGAAUUAAGGCUAGAACUUGCUGAUAGGCGUACUUUUCCAAAAAUGCAUCUGCGUCUCGUUCCUGAAAAAAGUUGCUGAUAGGCGUACUUUUCCAAAAAUGCAUCUGCGUCUCGUUCCUGAAAAAAGCAACUGAAAUGGAAAGUGCUGUUGCACAGCCUGACCCGCCUAGUGAUAUUUUUAGUAAUAGUACCAACUCAAGAACGACUUCGGCAUCAUCAGGGAUACACACAUACAACGACUUCGACUACGCCUCUUGCAUCUACCUCAACGUCUUCCACCUCUUCUAAGCAGUAGCGCUUUCAAGAAAGCUGUUACUGGUAUACGGCAGCAUACGAAAAAUGCGCAGGUCAAAUAUCUGCAGACAGUGGAGCGGCUGCGCAUGCAGCAACUCGAAGCCGUUACCAAAGAUGAUGAUUACGCGCUCAAUGCCACGAAGGGUGGCAAGAAGACGUCGGCCGGAGACGUGCGUGAGGUUUCCCACGCACCAACGCAGGAACAAGUGGAGCAGCAUCGAACAGACGUAGCAAGAAAACAAAAAGAAAAAAUCACGAACCAUGUCUUCAUGGAAUACUGUCGACGCCAGGUCAUUCAGAAGGACAACUGCCUUACCAUACCCUUCACAUUAUGAAACAAAAAGACAGCGAGGAUGGGACUACUCAAGGUUCAUAUACCGAGCGCUAUAACUAGCUACUUAUCAAAUAUUAGCAUCUUUGCCUUCCUUACAGUCCUGAAGCUUAUGAAUGUCUUUUUUCAACUUUCACUCAAAGAAUCCUGAGAACGUGGUCCGUAUCUUCUCGCGGUCCACGAUAUCGCUCUAACUUCCUGUCUACUCUGGGUCAUGUUUAUGCUGGUCAUUAUCUCACACAGUAACAUCGCAGCUGUGUACCUAACACGCACUGGCGUUUUGGAGGAUGUGGAGCGAAUAGAGAUCGUUCGAUCCCAGAACGAAACAGCGCAACCACUGGAUAUCUACAAACUGGCUACUCGCGACGACCUUCAUCUGUGGAUCACGGACGGAUUUUUGCCCAGAAUAAAUGGCUCAGUAUUUAGUCGGUUUUCAUGAACAUGCAUUUGGUCCUACUUCCUCGAGUAUAUUAUCCUCUACUUCCAAAACCAAAAGCCAAAUCCAAAUACUACUACAGGCUAUCAAAGUGUAUAACCGGCUUGGUGGGUCUGUUGUGUUGUCGCAGAGCCGUGCGAAGAAGACAAGUUGUGGAGUGGACGAUGGGUUAAAGGCGUUUUACGGCAAUGCGCCAUGUUUUCCGGUGGAUCAACCCCUGAGCGACAAUUUUGGCUUGCUCGGUCCCGAAUUUAUUCACAGGUACGGCCUGAGUUCAGAAGCAGCAGAGGAGUUUCGGUACUACGCCUUCCUCAAUUUCUGGGACGAGAACAAUCCUAGUUUGCUCUCGCAGCCAAACACGGCUUUGGCAGAAACGGUCAGGCAGCAACAGUCGUCGUACUAUCGGACGCUCAUGCAAAGAGAAUGGAUCGAUACGGCGAGCAUCGACUUACAGCUGCGCUUUUUUGUUAUGUUUGGGGACUUCUAGUACUUCUCAGUCUUGGCAUGAUGAUUGAAAUUGAUGCACUAACUUGCAUGGUCUUCAUGCUGCUCAUGGUUUAUAACAUCAACUGCAAGAUGUAGAUGAGCAUCAAGAAGAGCGCGAGGAGUAGACUCUCACAGAUCCAUGUUAAUUUGAUAUAUCCGUACUGCAGGAAUGGUGAAGACUCAAAACGAAAAAUGUUUCCCGACCAAAUUUGCCGAUAAUCGUCUCUAUCUCUUUGAUUCUUCUCUUCUAAGUUUGCAUACAAUCCAGAAACGAAGGUCUAUAUAAAUGCGAAGUUAGAGUUCGUUUUUCAUCGGGGCGGUUGGAUAGAAAAAAAGCUGGACAUACACGCGGAGACAAGUGACCUCUACGAAGACGGCAUGGCCAUUAUAUACGACAUUAUAUGGGUACUAUUUCAUUUUCAAAGUACGAAAUACUGUCAUAGUAUGUUGAUGACCACUCUACAUUCUCUUUCUCAUCGUCGUCUUCUCCUCCCCUCUCCCAUGAUCCAAUGCUUUUAUCUUCGAACUCGUCAGCUUAUUCUCGUCGGCAUAUUGAUGUUCGUGGAGGUGCAACAGAUGAAGCUAGUGCAAGGGAGUAUGGAUUUGAUGGCUAUGAAGGCGUGGAACUGGGCUUAUUGGGAGUACCUGAGGGAGUACUGGCAGGACAUAUGGAACUUGAUAGAUUGGCUCAGCGUUGGACUUGGUAUUUCACGUCUAUCCACAUGUUGUGUUCUACUUGCUUAUGACUUGAGGAAUUAUUUGCAAGAGAAGCGCGCUAUUCAAGCAUUUUUUAUCAAGCAUUCUUCCAGAUCCAGAUUCUCGUUCACAAUCGAGUUCAUUAGAAAGUUAAUUUGUGCAUGCCUGCUACAGAAAUAGAAGUGAAAUUUUCAAUGAGCCGCGGUAUGCAUCACUUGUUUUCAACAGUACUGGUUGCAUUCUUGUUUUGAUACAUCACAACGGAACUCUUUGUCCAGAUCAACACAAUUUUCCAACUUCCACCAGGUUUUGGAUUCGUAUUCGAGAUCAUGGCUUUGCAGUCGCUGUUAUCGGACCUCGUUCAAAUGUUCAAGAACAUAGGGCCGUCCGCGAUCACUACAGCAGCAGGAACAGGACAAUUCGGGAGUGUUGGUCGAGGUCUAAGUGACUAUUAUCAAUCGAAUCUGGAGAUUCUCAAGCUCCUGGACGACAUCAAUGACAAGCGAAAAACGGUGCAGCUGCUGGGAUUCAUCUACUCCAUGCUCAUCAUUUUAAGGUUCUUCAAGGGAUUCCGAGGACAGCCGAGAAUAGCGAUCAUGGGGUUGUCGUUGGUAAGAAACAUAACGUGAAGAUUGUGUUUGUGGAUGCUUGUGCUUCACGUUCAUCAUAUACUUGAGGAGACAGAAACGGAUACUCUAUCUACUCAUCUUUAUCGCUAUUGAGGAAGACGAAUGGUGCUGCUCUUCAGUCUUAGCGAGUCUCUUUGUCUUUACGGCUAAAGAACAUUUCUUCAGUUUCACGUUCACCAUCUCCUUUCCCAUAAACAUCCAGGUAAGUGCCAUGUACGACAUGCUGCAUUUCUUGAUCAUUUUCUUUCUGGUGUACGUGAACUACUCGAUAGGUGGGUGGAUUCUUUUUGGACCACAGUUAGAGGAGUGGAACACAUUGCUGCGGUCUAUUGGUGUUACGCUCAAGGUCAUUUUCGGAGACUUCGACUUCGAUAGAAUAUACGCCACAUCGCCAGUCAUUGCGGUUUUGUGGUAUUUUUUAAUGUUCAUGGCUCUUGUGCCGUUAGAUUAUGUUGUUGAACGACUUCUAAUUGAUUCUCGGCUGGUGUGCAAGAACUAGAACUACUAUUUCUUCCUAUGAUUUCUUCCUUCUGUUUCUGGUGCUUGUGAUAGUCCUACUAUCUGUAACAUGAAAUGAUCAAAGCAUCUUCUGCAGAGGCCCACGAUGAUUUUGAGAUCAAUCUCCUCUCGUCCACCAGGUUCUACUCCUACAUAGUGAUCUGCUUAUUCCUCGUGCUGAAUUUGCUCACCGCUUUGGUCUACGACAAGUACAUGGGUGUAAUGCACAGUACGAAUUAUCGUGGUGCGAAGACCAUGUGGGAACAGGUGAAGUCGAUAGUAGCAGACACACUAAUGUCCCAGUCUCAAGACGUAGAUCGAGCAACCGGAAAGCCUAGGACCAUCGACUAUGAAGCGUACUGAUUUAAUCAUUGAAUUUCUUUAUACAACUAAGUAAGUAGAAGUACGUGUAGUUGAGUGGUCUUCUUCUAUUUCACAAUUAUGUCCGUUGUACUAGAUCUGGAACUCCAUUGUUCAAUGAAUAAGAGUAACUUUCUUGUUAUUUUGACAAGAACUUCUGCUUCUGGUUCUGUUUCCUCGUAAAGAACUUGCAUUACGACUACCCAAGGGUCCCAUUCAUUCUUCUCCUCGAUGUCCUCAGAAUAUACGAAACGAUGAAGGAAUAUGUGGACAGGGAUGAGGUGAUUGCAGAGAACCAGAAAAUCGAUGAGGAGAACGUCGAAUUUAUAAAAAACGGCGAGGAGCCAAUAGAUCCAGACCUCAAGUUAAGCUUCAGCGACCUCUAAUCGUUGAUCAGAAAAGUUAAAAUCUAUUAGUACGUCUGAUUGUAUCAGUAGCAGAUUAUUUUCUGUUGAAGAAUUCUGCAUUUUAUGAACAAGAGGUAGAGGUGCCGCUGCUGCCUCUAAGAAAAGCCAUCCGAUUAAAGCUAGCAAGAGCGCGGAGCACCAAGAACGAUUCCGAGUGGGCAAUAACAAGCAUAGAGCAAGUCUUUGAAGGCCACUUCGCGAAUUCCGCAAUUACACGAGAUUUCUUAGUGGAGAAAUGUACGAAUAGCUCCUAUUUCUUCAUUGGUUUAUCAGUAGGCAGAGCCAGAGGUCUCCUUCUUGGACAAAUAUGAUCUUCGUACUGACAUUGAGCAAAAGCGCCAUCCCUUAGCAAGAAAAACUACAAAUUGAUACCUGCGCAAGAUGUUGCAGUGCCUUUCAACGAACCUCAACUGCCAGGUGGCACUGACGUACAUCAGGCGAUCUAUCUUAUCUCGAAGUGCAUCCAGGAGUCGCUAGACGAUGCCAAGACCCUAGAACCGGAACAGUUUCUGGCCUACACCAUGCGCUUCUUAUGGACAUAACCUCCUUAUCAUGAUUUGGAUUUUGUUCAAGAGGUAGAUCUAGAUGUAAUUGCUAUUGGCACGACUGCUAUUCCCUACACAUAAUUGAUUUAACAGAUCCAAUUCCAAUACCAAGUAAUUUUAUCGCGUUGUCGUGUACGACAACAACUACCACAAGCUUUCUGUUUUAUCAACAUGAUCAUCAUGUACUUGUAGUGGUAAAAAAAAUGUAAGAACCUCAACUUCUACUUCAUCGCAAUCACAAUCGCAGGCUUAUGAAUUCUAAUUCCGGAGUUUCAGGACUUGCAGGAGCAGCUCGACGACUUGCGGCAUAUGGUUUUUACGUUGCAAGACCUCACUGUGAACCGGCAAGAUCGGUUGAUAGAAAUGUCGGACCUAGUGCGCGAAAACAUCGAAAAUAUAGAACCAUACCUAGACGAGGAGUGGGAGUUCGUUCCAACGGGCUAUCAAGACAGGAGCACAUAUCGUUAAGGCUUACAGUCUAAUUUAUCUUUUUAAGAAGCAUCUUUGGCCUCUUAUUUAAGGGGAACACGUGCCAAAGAUGCAGCUUUCCAAGAUGAAUAUUUAUAAGUAAGGUCUAACAUCAGCAUGUGUACGAAGACAGGGUGCAAGAUACGAAGCCGCUGAACUACAGGUUCAUGGACCAAGGACAGAAAGAUCGCAUCGACGAGGACAGAAAUCACCGCAAAGGGAAUACAAAUCUUAUGACAUCGCUGUGCAUCUUCUUCUUCAUCCACCAGUUUUUGUAAUUUGUAUUUGAUGGAGGAGAAGCAGAAGGACAAGGAUAAAGUUAAAUUAUAUCGACAGUGGAUCUGGAUGUAUUUAGACGCACGCGCGUGCUUUGGCGUCAUCAACAUCUCAUCUAGAUAGUCCUUGUAGUAUAGUGUUAUCGCCUUCUUUCUCCCUUUGCUGUUGCUGCAAAUGCAAGGAGGGAUAAAACUUGUUGAAAAUAACCCCGAAGGAGAAGACAUCAUAGAGACAUCAGUCUCGCAUACAAUCUGCUCUAAGAUCUCCUUCGGCGACCAAUCUCAGGGUGCGGAAGGAUCACAGGAGGCUCAGCCGAUGCCACUCGAAAACGGCAAUGUCGAUGCAGCGGUGGCGGAAAUCGAGGCCACGGUAGACGCCGCUGUUGGUGGAAGCCAGUAAGCGUGCACGCCUUUCUCCUAUGAUGUAUUCCUAUUGCAACAGUGGUUUUACAUUUACUAGACCAAGUUUUAUUUUUAUCACUACAACGUCAACAUCCAGCUAGGGUUCUAUCUUCUAUCGUGAUUACAAUUAUGCGCUUGCGCGCUGAUUGCAGUUAUAUGAGCUUGCUUAUAGUGUCUAGAUUUACGCAAAUGCCUCGGUCUCCACUUCCUUCUAUGCCUCAUUCCUUAUAACAUUUUCAUUUUUUGCUUAUUCAGGACGCCUGCAUUCAUCUACUCUUCCGUUUUGUCAAUGCUUAUUUCUACGUAGUCAGGCUCUCGCGCGGUUUUGUGUUUUUUGAUGUGAUCGAGAGCUUAGAGCUGCAAAGGUUUUUUGAACCGGGAUUGCGAAACUGUCACUACUAGAAACUGAAACAGGCACCCGCAUUUAGACAGAGAAACUACUGCUACAUAUGAAACAAAGAAAAGUUCCAGGUUUUCAAGUUUACUGUGUUACUACUUCUUCAGCCUUUUUCGAGUGAAAAAAGACAUUCACGCGACACGGUCACCCUGACCUCAGUUCGCUGGUCGUUCCCGUAGACGACAACAAGAAUGAACUCCCCCUCUCUACGACGCACUUUGCUUGUGCUGCGAUAUUGCCGCGCGCCCCGUGAUGUUGACCCUUCCAGGAAGAACAGACUAACUCUCGCGAUCAGGAACUGGAAUCAACAAGAACUCCUUAUUACUAAUGGUUCUUUAAUAGCGUCUCCCA